ACGUCGCGUUCGACGAUUGCGUGUUUCUUUUUCGCUCCCGUCCGCCGUCGCGUGUCCAUCGUACGCUCUCGCGGCGCGUAACGAACGGCGAGUGCGAUGGGAAAGACGAAGACGGGCAGGACCGCCGUCGCGUGCACGGCGGUGGCGUUCGUUCUAGUGGUCAUCGCCUUCACCACGCCCAACUGGCUGGAGACCGACGGCAAACUGGACAAUCCGCAGUUCGUCAAGAUCGGUCUCUGGCAGGUGUGCUUCCAAGGAUUCCAGGACCCGCGUCACCUCUACGACACCAGGUUCUACGGCUGCUGGUGGGUGUUCGAGGAGGAAUACUACAUUAUACACGACAUCCUGCUGCCCGACUUCUUCGUCGCGACGCAGUUCUUCUUCACGCUGUGCCUGACGCUGCUGCUGAUCGGUACUUUCCUGACCAUCACGUACACCUGCUGUUCUCGGCAGCACGACAAGUUCCAGCUGCUUCUGUGGGCAACCGGUGGCAAUCUGACCCUAGCCGGAGUAUGCGGUGUCAUAUCGGUAAUCAUAUUCGGUGCCAGAGGCGACGGAAGGGACUGGAUGCCCAAUUGGGAGCACAACGACAUAGGCUGGUCGUACGCUCUGGCAGUGGUGGGCAGUGUCACCCUGAUUGCCGCCGGGAUCCUGUUUCUGAUCGAAGGCCGCAGGCACAGGAAACGCCAGGAGCGAAUAUUGAAGGACGAACAAAAGACGCACACGACCAUCUAGCACAUAUUUACCUAGGCGUGGCAUUCUCGCGAUGCAUGCGUGUGCCCCGAGACACGUGGAAGCGAAUCUGAAUAAUCGAUCAUUGAACAACGGACGAAUCUCUGAACUUUGUUACUUGUAUUUUAUAUUUUAUAUAUUCAUACGGCUUAGACUGCGGCCUGCGUUUUUUGUAACAUUAUAUUAAAUAUUAACGUAAGACAUAACGUAUUUUAGAUAGACUAAGAGCCGCGCCGAGCCGUUUUGAGAUUAUCCUCGCUCUCGUUUACGACGAGACACUUGGAGUCGUACAAAAAAUAGAGAGCUAUGCUUACAUGUUUUAAACUAAAUUUAUCAAUGUCAAUGUCGAACGCACAUUUGAUAUAAUCCGUCCAUUACGUCACAUCUACAUCGUUAUUGUAAGAACGUGUCUAGAGACUAAUUUUUGUACACGUUUGCAAGGGCGAUUAACGUUAUGAGGGAAACAAACAUCUGUCAUUUGCAUACUGCGUAUACAGUAGGCAAGAAACGAUUCAAUAAAAAAA